UGUCUGAGAACUCAGUGCUCGGCUGCCCACCUGACGAGAAUGGAGGCAGUGUCCAACCUUGUCAAUAACGUGUCCAAUCUUGUCGCCAACGUGUCUAAUUUCAGUCAACCUUACGACGAAAACCGAGAAGAGCGAGCAAGCGUGGUGAUUGGAGGCAAUGAAGCCAUGCUGAUCGAAUUCAACGCCGCCUUGUUAGCCGAUUUUCGACAUGUGGAACGAACGCUCUUCGCCCUCCAACGUAACCUGGAUGACUUCUACUUCGUCACGCUCACUGCCAUCACAUUCGCCAUGCAAUGCGGUUUCGCGUUCAUGGAAGUCGGUCUCGUCAGGACGAAGAACACGACCAACAUUCUGCUGAAGGGCACCAUCGACGCUUUUGUUGGCUGUUUGUCUUAUUGGCUGUUUGGCUACGCCAUUGCGUGGAGCCAAGGGAAUUCAUUUGUUGGAUGGCAUCACUGGGCAUUUGCCAAUUUACCGCCUGAAAAGUAUUCCGAAGCUUUUUAUCAAAUGAUUUUUACCAACACUGCCGCCACGAUAGUCAGUGGAGCUGUCGCUGAGCGUCUCAAUUUGCCCUGCUACUUUGUUUACGGCACUUUACUUUCAGGAUUUGCUUAUCCGGCCUUAAGUCGAUGGGGAUGGUACGAAGGCGGAUGGCUAAAACAGAUGGGAUUCCGGGAUUUUGGUGGUUCGGGAUUAGUUCACAUGUUCUCCGGAGCCUGCGCUUUGGUUGCGGCCAUCAUUAUCGGACCGCGAGUCGGUCGUUUUGAUCCGCCACGCCAAGGGGAAGCCUCGCACGGACAACACAUUCCCGGCCAUUCUUUGCCCUUCGUGGGACUGGGUGCUCUGCUGCUGAUCUUCGGUUUCCUCGGCUUCAACGCAGCGUCGCAAUUGUCUUUGAGUAAACCUGGAGAUGGAAUAGUCAUCACUUACGCCACUUUAAACACUUUGUUGGGUGCCAGUGGCGGUGCGUUAACAGCACUGUUUCUCAAUCGCUUUUUACCUUUCUGGGGUAAUUAUUGGAGUUAUUUGACGAUGAUGAAUGGCUCCGUGGCUGGAAUGGCUGCCAUCUGCGCCGGUUGUGAUUCACUUCCGUCAUGGGCAGCUGUCCUCAGCGGAAUUCUAGGAGGAAUAGCUUUUAUCGUUGGCCGUGCACUUCUGGAAAAACUUGAAGUGGAUGAUCCUGUCGAUGGGUUCGCUAUUCAUUUUUGCGGUGGAUUGGCCGGUUUGCUCUCUGCUCCGUUCCUUAUCCGAGAAGGUAUUCUGUUCAAGGGCGAUGCGAUCUCAGCAGUGGGAUUCGGUUGUAACUUGUUGGGCGCUGUGGUGAUUAUUUGCUGGGCGGUCAUUUGGUGUUUGCCCAUGUUUGCUAUUCUCAGAUGGGCUGGCGUUCUACGCAUUCCACUUGAAAUGGAAUUGGCUGGAAUGGACGCUGCCAAACACAAUGAAUUGUCUUAUCCAGUGUCUGCUUGGCAAGAGAAUCAACACGGGUUCGAUAACAAAAUUCUGGGCAACAACUGGAUGCCGCCUCAUACUAAAAUGCACUCGCCACUCUCCGCCAAUCUAACCCUCAGGCGACGAGAUUCGCACGUGAUUGAUUCAACCUGCCCGGCAUCUUGUCCUUCGACCGAGCCGGCCUUAUUGCGCUCCGUCAGCACUUUAAAUCUGGGUGAAGUGAAUCCUGCUUUGGACGUUUCAGUGCCCGUUUUGACCACGAAAAGGUCGACAGCUCUUUAAACUCUUUUUUAACGAAAUAUUUUAUUUCAAAUUACGUCAAACUUGAAAAAUGUGAGUUUUUUUUUUAAAUACCAACGUCGACACGUCGGUGCUUCUGCACUGCAAAUAGCAGCUAGCAAAUAAUUUAAGAGUAGGCGUACCCUUUUUCUUUUUAAAUAAUAUAUUUAUUUUAAUUUCGUCUGAAAGUCAACAUGAAAAUAAACAGGACACUAUUUUUAUGAAA